AUGCUGGGGCGCUUCUUGGGGUCGCCGGCGAGGCAGCGGAGCGAGAGUUGCGCCGCCUGGUACGCCGCCUUAGAAGGGUAUUGGCCCUCCAUUCGAGAGUCCAUUAUCCGCACGAGCUUGCGCCGGUCGGAGAGGAAUGGCCUCGCCCAGUCCACCAGGUUGUGCUGCCCGCUCGGUCUGUUCGUGUCCAGCGCCCGCUGCCCGGUCAUCAUCUCCAGCAGCACCACGCCGAACCCGUAG